UGGGACGUGGUCCUUUUCUCCGCCCUGGAGGUAGAAUAAGGAAGGGAGAAUAAGCUGCUGGGCGAGGGGCUGCUGGGCAAGGGGCGCUUUGAAGAUUCAGAGAGCCACCCGAGUGCCAGUGGAAACCCCAGGUGACAUCCAAACCCAAACAGCCUGUGAGUGCCAUGUCUCAGCAGCUUCUCUACCGGGCAUUGGUGACUGCUAAAUGGGUGUCAGAAGUUAUCAAGUCUCCUCAAACAGGAUCAUCUGUGAAGCUCUUGGAUGCCUCUUGGUACCUUCCCAAAAUGAAACGUAAUCCCCAGAGAGAGUUUGAAGAUCGCCAUAUUCCAGGAGCCGCUUUCUUCGACAUUGAUCAUUGCAGUGACCGCACAUCACCUUAUGAUCAUAUGCUUCCCAGUGCAACAGAUUUUGCAGAGUACGUGGGCAAACUAGGAGUGAGCAAUGAUUGUCAUGUUGUGGUGUAUGAUGCAAGUGACCAGGGCUUGUUCUCAGCUCCCCGGGUCUGGUGGAUGUUCCGAGCUUUUGGCCAUGAUGCAGUUUCCCUUCUAAAUGGUGGGCUGAAGAACUGGAUGAAAGAGGGGCAUCCUGUCAGCUCUGGAAAGAGUCAUCCUGCUUCUGCUGAAUUUCAUGCUUCUCUGGAUAAAUCAAUGGUGAAAACCUAUGAGCAGGUGAAGGAGAACAUUGACUCACACCAGUUCCAGGUAGUAGAUGCACGAUCUGCUGGAAGGUAUGCUGGGACGGAACCAGAGCCCCGACAAGGAAUCGAACCUGGUCACAUCCCUGGCUCUGUGAACUUUCCUUUCACAGAAUUCCUCACUGAGGCAGGCUUGGAGAAAAGCCCAGAAAUUAUCCAAAGCUUAUUUCAAGAGAAGAAAGUAGACCUCUCCAAACCUCUUGUGGCUACUUGUGGAUCAGGAGUCACCGCUUGCCAUGUGGCAUUAGGAGCAUACCUGUGUGGGAAGCCAGAUGUGGCCAUUUAUGAUGGGGCUUGGGUAGAGUGGUUCAUGCGCGCACAGCCUGAAGACAUUAUCUCAGAGAGUAUGGGGAAGAGCCUCUGAAGCACAACCUUCUGCUGAGACAAAAACAUUCAAGAAGGGGAUGGCCUUCAGGAUGUUCUACCUGUUGAGUGAAAUGUUUUAAUGAUGAAUUGGGGGAUUUGCCAUUCUUUUGCUUGUCUCCAUUGCUACGUAUAGACACUGCCCGUUUUUCAAAGCAAAGAAAGCACUAAUUAUGGGAAGAUUAAUUUUGCACUGUAACUAUGGCAAAUUGUGUCAUACUUCUGGCUAUUUAGUAUUAAUUGUUCCUUCACUGAAUCCUGUAAUUUGGUUUCUAUUCAUUUUCAUGAAAAUGCCAUAGUACAAAUAUUUUUUAAAUCAAAAGCAUUUUAGUGUCCUUAAAGAUUCAUUGCUUUAUUUUGUGUUCUCAUCCUGAAGUGGAUCAUAUUCAGAAAACUUCUACCCAUGACAGUUUGUGUGGUGAACUGCAGUUUGAAUUCAGCUAGUUCUAGACUAUACCAAAUAGAAAAUGUUUGUUCAGCUACCUAGUUCCUUUAGCCAUUCUUCAUAGGAUUUAGUCGCCAGACUCCUUGUCAUCUUUAAUAUUAUCUGUUGUUGGUCAUUUUUCUCUCUCAUCUCAUCCCAUAAAAGCUUUACACCAUCAGAAACCAAUAUCUGAAGGAAUACGAUGACAUAUCCUGACAUACCCCACCACAAAUCAAAUUAUUAACUUUCUCUUUCUUCCAAAUCUCCACUCUCUAACAAAAGCAUCAUGUCACUAUCUGAAAUCCAACCUCACUGAAGCUAAAAUAUAAUUUUACUGGCUCCAGAAAAUUCUACCCCAAAACAUCAAUUCUGUUCCACUUUCAGUUCCAUUAAGUUUUAUUACAGGCAUUCCUACCAAAUUCUAAACCAUGCUACACAAUAACCUGACCACAGAAGUACUGAUCUCUCAAUACUAACUACUAACUCCAGCUUUUAUUCACAUAGGUCGCCUGGUAGUAAACCAAAUGUAGGUAAGUUAGAAAGAUAAGUUGUGUGAUGUGGCAUUUGCUAUGAGGGGAAAAUGGAAGUUAUGAUAUAUAGUUUACUGGGCUCUGAGAAUUAUCUUAGUGCAUUGGAGAAAGAUUUCAGUCUAGACCAGGGGUGUCAAACUCUCAUUGUCACGGCAUCAUCAUGUGAUAUAGCAUGACUUCCCCCCCCUUUGCUAAAUCAGGUGUGAGUGUGGCCACCACGUGACGCCUCCGGCUGCGAGUUUGACAGCCCUGGUCUAGACAAUCUAAAAGAGAAAUAUGAGUCCAAAGCUAGCACUGGAGAAAGCAUAUCAGAAUUGAUCACCCCCCUCCAAGUCUCUGGAAUUAAAGGCAGAGGAGGGGGACUUUCAGACUUGCAAGAUUCUAUUACUUUAACUUUACAAUAGGAGUAACUGGUUUUGGUUGUCUGGUCUGCAUUUGAAAAGCUGACAUAUUCUUAGUUAAGCUCCAUGCUUUUCAAAGGAUAAAUGAACGCAGUGGAUUACAGUACAAAUCUAGAGAAUUAUGGUUUUGAGGGAAAGAAAUUACAUAUGUAGGGCAUCCCUGAACUGCAGAGUUUACUAAUUUCUAGUUUACUGAACGGGGCUUAGGAAAUUAUGACAUUCUUGUUUUAGAAAUGACCCAAUACAGAUAUCUCUGGAAAGAAAAGAGAUUCUGAAUCUUACAGCCUUCUUCGCAAAACAGAAUGGAGAUGUAAUGAUGCUCUAAAUAAGAUUUAGCUCUGGAUAAGUUUGUCCAGGAGACAACUUUAUCAAUUCACCAAUUCCCUAAGUGGCACUCAAGGAGCCUCAUGGUUAAUUUAAAAUUUUGGAAUAUCAUCCAGUUCCCAGAUCUAGUAAAAAUUCAUUCACCUUGUAGGAGGCUUCAGUAAAAAUGUCAAAUCUUAGAAGUUCUCAGCCAUUAAAAUGUAUUUGAACAGCAUUUUUCAACCUUGGCAA